GCUGGAGCUGGGGCUGCGGCCGCUCCAUGGCGGGUGCCUCGCCCGGGGCCGCAGCGCUCAGGCCUGACCCUCUCCUCACAGUGACCUCGCCGGCGGCCCCCGGUGCCCAGCGCCGAGAGGAGCUGCUCCGUGGGCACGGGCACAAGGACACGGCCUGUCCUGACCCACAGCAGGCCCUGCUCCAGGCACUCUCCUCGCUCGGCAGCGAUGACUGGGAGAAGAAGGAGAAGGGACUUGUCAGCCUCAAACACCUGGCUGGGUCCCAUUCAGAAGUCCUGCGCUCAAAACUUCGUGACAUUUGCUUGGCAGUUACCAGCGAGGAGCACAUGACUCUUUUAUCCUUAUGA